CAUUUUUGGGUUUCCAUCUCUCUCUCACCCUGUCAUUAUUUUGGCGUAGCCUGUGUUGAGUACUUUAGUUCUUUACUGUUUAUUGAAGACUUUAAUCCAAAUGAUUUAUAAAAAACCUAUUUUCUACCAAAUAUCUUCAACGUAAAUGAUGCAUUAUUGAUUCGCAUUGUGUUUGAAAUUCAUAUUCUGAGUAAAAUGGGUACAACGAAAAAUAAUGGACCCAUUAUAGACCCAGCGUUGUGUCGACUUUGUAGGGCAAUAAAGAAAUGCCGAAUACUCACAGCAGAGUACACUUGGAUGGAAAAAAAAGAGGUGUAUGCUGAUAUGGUGAUGGACUGUUUUGGUAUUUUGUUAUCGCACGUGGACGACAAUGAGCGUGACUGUGGCGUGUGUGCAACAUGUGUGGUACGGCUGCGCGAUGCGAGCGCCUUCCGACAUCAGGUGCUGCAGUGCGAGGAGCUGUUCCUCAGCUCCAAGCUCCAGGACAAGGAGACUGAUGAGCAAAAGAUCGAAAAAAGCAAUAUAGAGAUAGAACUAAAGACAGAGCCGAAGGACGACGACGACCACCAUUCGCUAGGGGCCGCGGACCACGACGACAUGUCCAUGGACUAUUGCACUGAUGAUAUUGUUGAAGAGCCUCAAUCAAAGCUGCUGAAAAAAGAGGAACUGAAGAGCAAAGUGGACGAGCUGCCGUUGGACGAUAAAGCGAUGGAGGACGGCGGCAGCGAUUGGACCGACUCAUCGUCUAACUCUGACAAACCAAUCAAAAGGAAAAAAAGUGUAAAGAAAAGUAAAAAGAUCAACAACGGAGCCCAGAAGAAGGAGGGAAAGGGAAAGAAUGGAAAGAAGCAAAAAUCUGUAACAACAUUGAAAAAGCCGAAAAUACCGAAACCACCGCCAGAGAAGAAAAAUACGUACGACCGCGAUCUAGACUGCAUGUCGGAAGAGAACCUCGUCACCAUCAUCCAGUAUUCAUAUGUGUGUCCAUAAAACAGAAGGAACAAUUACUACUGCUUCUACUGUAAGGAUUACUACCCGAAGCCGGAGGAUCUGCGGGAGCACACCGAGACACACGACACCAAGCCCUUCCAGUUACUGAUGGGAUAUAAGAAGAUGCCCAAACUGGACAUCACGAGGAUAGACUGCAAGCUGUGCCCUGCCAAGAUUGACGAUUUGAAUGUUUUCAAACAGCACAUAGACCAGGUACACGGCAAGAAGAUUUACUUUGAAGCCCCUGACAAAAUGUUGUUGUACCGGCUCACGUGGAACGACCUGGUGUGCGUGAUGUGUAGUGACGUCUUCGAGGACUUCAACACGCUUAACUCACACAUGGUGGAACAUUUCAGUAACUACACGUGCGACAUCUGCGGCGUGUGCUUCCUCGAGAAGCCACGCCUCGAUGCGCAUCUCAAGCGGCACAAAGACGACGAGCGGCACACCUGCGAGGUCUGCGGAAAGGUGUUCAAAUCCAACCACUAUAAGGACAUGCACGUCGACAUUGUUCACAAGAAGAAGGCGAUAAUCAGGUGUCCGCGAUGCGACGAGUGUUUUAUGUCGUAUGCGCUCAAAAACAAACAUCUCACAGAAGCGCACGGACAGAAGAGAACUUACCCAUGCAACUUGUGCGACAAAGUGUACAACAGACAGAAGACGUUGACAGAGCAUCAGCGACGAAACCAUCAGAAAGUGUUGAAACACCAGUGCGAAUAUUGUGAUCAGAGAUUCUAUUUGCCGUCGCGUUUGAAGGAGCACAUGGCGACGCACACUGGUGAGAGGAACUUCCGCUGUGAGUACUGCGAUAAGAGCUACCCGCGGCUCAAGUCGCUGCAGUAUCACAUACGAACACACACCAACGACAGGCGGUAUCGGUGUCACAUAUGCGGACAGGCGUUUAUACAGAAUCCCAGUUUGAAAUCACACAUUAAGAGCCAUCAUCCCGAGUGCGAUAUUGAAGGAUGCUAUUUCUAGAACAUUAAAGUAGUGUAAACAUAAGGCAUAAUUUGUAGGUGUGUGGGCAGUGCUCAUCACCUGAUCAAACAGGAAAUAUUUAUAAUGUGCUGGCAAAAUAGUGUUAUAAAACUAUAAAUUCAAAUGAAGAUUAUAGUCAUAUCCAUAAUGCUAACAUUUGUGCUAGGUGAAUUUCUUCCAUCAAUCUGUGUUCUCAUAAAAAUACGACCAAUGUCACUUAGUUUCUGGAUGGCUCCGCCAUUAGGAAUAUCAAGUAAUUUGAGUAAUAUGAUAGGUUUUAAGAGGCACCGUGCAAUCAGUGGCAGUAGUUCUGAUAUACAAAUAACUGCAACUUGACAAAUACAAACCAGUCAAUAAUGGACCCUUAUAUCGUGCGUUAUUGUAAAUUAUGGUACACCAUAGUUUUCCAUGUUUGAUUUAUUGCCUAACAUCACUUUUUUUUUUAAUUAGCACUGAAUUUGUUACGGUGCAUAUCAACAAUGAGCGAGAAAUUUGACAGUAAGUCUGGUCGCAUUUUGGAUGCAUUUUCGUAUGAAAUUCAGUUAUGUACGCCCGUACAAUGGCGUGCAUUCAACAUCACUUCGUUCCACGUAGAUGUUUAUUUGUUUUAUUAAUUUUCUGUACUGAAACCGAACAUCGAAAUUAUUUGUCUUUUUACUCAUGUAUUUUACUUGAUAAGAACAGCUAUAACUGAUUACAUCAGAUGUAAAAUAGUCGUAAGUAUACAUACGACUCAAAAUCGUAUCAAAAGUGCGAUCGGCAUCAAUUAUAAAAUCACGCAAUUUAUAAGAUCACUUAUAAAUUGCGUGAACUAGAGACAUCACAUUGUAUAGAACCUAUAACGAAAAAGUAAGUAUUCUACAUCAAAGGACGUUUUAAAGUGAUAAAUAAGUAGUUUUGAAGCGCAGUUAGUCCGGGGUUAAAAACAUUUUAUUGGACGCAUAAGCAGACGUACGAGUGUCGUAAACAAACACCCAGUGCGAAUAUAGCCUUAAAGUUUUAGUUACAUGGUUUACUUUUCGUAAAAGCUGUAACUUGGAUCUCAUUUUCAUUGGCAAUAUGUAUUAAGUAUAAUAAUUUUAAUAAUGGGAAUAAAGCUGUAUCUGAUGGUGUGAAUAAGAAAGACUUAAAUAUAUAGAUCCACGUUGACGCGCUCCACCAAUUGUAAGCCUAGAUUCUGCCGGGUAAGGGGGCUUCAGAUUAUUAAUUUUGUAUGCGUGAAAUAAUACAAACGGGAGUGCACACUCAGACUGCAAGUGAUUAGGGAAAUUAGUGAGGCGCGUUAUCGCUGAUGGUAUCAUCUAUAAGCCGUAACAGUUGUAAUGAAGGAUGAGGUUACGGUCUGCAAUUAUUACUCGCGUUCGGUAAGUAAUGAGCAAAAGUAGUCCGUCACAUUCCUCAUAUACUUGUAAUGCAUGUAUUUUUUAUUUUAUCUCAUGAAAUUUCUAAUGCAACCCUGUAGGUUAUAUUGUUUUGACAUUAUACUUUAUUUAUAUGAAUCUCUUAUUUAAACAUUUAUAGGCUAUCAAAUGACGGUAAAAUGUAAUACAAGGUGUGUAUUUAUAAUUUAUUGGAAUUAUUUUAACGAUUUUUUGUAAACAUAAUUCCAAUAGGGUAGUUGUCUACUUGAUAGAAUACAUUAAUCGAAAAUGUAUGUUAUACAAAAUCAAUCGGAAAAAUAAUUUUCAAAAUCUACGCAAUAAUAAAUUAAUUAUAAGCUCUGAAAGUUUACGGAUGGAGUUGCUGUCUAAUAACAGUAAUAGCAAACUAUGAUGUCAUCGAAUGUCACCGCUCAUAAAGAUCUAUGCGUGAGAAAGAGAUAGCACGAUACCCACACCACGCCCCCACUUAUGCUUACAAUAUUUCGAAUAUGGGCAACUGCAAAGUUUUUCAAUCAAUUUUGAUAUUAAAUUUACAGAAGAAUCCCAGUUAUUUUCCGAUAAGUAGAGUAUAAAAUAAUAUGCAAUAUUGAAUAUAGGAAACUACCCUAUUUCACAAUAAUGUGUUUUAAUGGCACUGACUAUGAAUUUGGUAUCUAGUAUUCUUAGAAAGUAAAGAAGCUAAUAGAGUGGAAAGAAGAAUGUAUUUGAUGCUGGUGCAAGAAUUAUUGAGGGGAGACCUACAAGGCGAACUAGUUCAUCACCUGGUAGAAGUUAUGUUUAAUGCGUAGCCUCUCACUUUUUAUUUAUGUUUAAUAAUUGAAAUGAGAAUGUAAAAUAAUAAUUUCUGCCCAUAUGACACCAAGAAAUGAAACGCAACCGCCUCAUGCAUAUAUUCUAAAGGUACGGCAUUUGGGUACGUAAUGUCCCCCUAUAAUGUUUGUGGUCUGCAUUAAGUACCAGUACCUCACAGAAAGAUAUAGAAUCAUAGUUUAUAAUCAUUGCCAAUCUGGCGGGAGUGGUGCAACCUGCGGAAGUUUGUUGAACGUAAUGCAAUAUAUCCAAAA